AUGGCCCGAAAGCCCCGGCGUCGAGACUACGAUGUCGGCAUUAUCUGCGCAUUAUCUAUAGAAAGCGCCGCUAUUGUUGCAAUGUUGGAUGAGGAAUAUACACCAUUAAAAAAGCUAUAUGGCGACUAUAAUGAUUAUACCUUCGGUCGCAUCGGUAAUCACAAGGUCGUUUUAGGCCAGCUUCCAGCAGGUAUUACGGGUAAUGUUCCUGCCGCCAUUACUGCGAACAACAUGCGACGAAGUUUCCCGGAGAUGCGAAUAGGACUCAUGAUUGGAAUUGGUGGGGGUGUCUGGAGCGAGGAACAUGAUAUUCGACUUGGGGAUGUUGUGGUCAGUCAGCCUGACGGAAAACAUGGUGGUGUAGUGCAGUGGGAUAAGGGCAAGACUAAACAGGGUGGACAAUUUAUUCGGACUGGCUGUUUGGAUAAGCCACCAUCGAAUUUGCUCCAAGCAUUGAAAGCACUGGAAGAACAAGAUAAAACGGAUCGGGUAGACCUCCAAGAAUGUCUCGAUUUAAUGGUAACAACGAAGCCACGGAUGGGUGAAAGUUUUCGACACCCAGGUCUACAUAACGAUCAGUUAUUCGAGGCUGAUUAUGACCACAAUGAAGCCGGUGAUACAUGUGAAGAGUGUGACCCAACAAAGCUUAAGACACGACCAAGCCGCAAUGAUACCGCACCCAAAAUUCACUAUGGUAACAUUGCUUCCGGAAAUCGGGUCAUGAAACAUGGAGUCACUCGAGAUGCCAUUGCCAAAGAAGAAGGAAUACUAUGCUUUGAGAUGGAAGCGGCUGGGCUAAUGGACAUAUUUCCAUGUCUUGUGAUUAGAGGUAUCUGUGAUUAUGCAGAUUCUCACAAGAAUGACCGAUGGCAGAGAUACGCGGCAGCAACAGCGGCAGCAGUUGCAAGAAGGCUUCUUCUCGAUUUCAUAGAUAAACAAGACGUGGCUGUGCUAAAAUCAUCUCGUCGCGAUGACCAAUUUUCACGGCUCGAGCCGCAACUUUUCCACAUCUCCAAGCUUGCCCUCUACGGUCUCGGUGGGAUUGGGAAGACUCAAAUCGUACUCGAACUUGCUUACCGUACUAGGGACCAGUAUCCUGAUUGCUCUAUCUUUUGGAUUCCUUCGGCGAGUAAGGAAAGCUUUGCACAAGCGUACAAAAAAAUAUUUCAGGAGUUAUCGUUGACGUCAACUGGGACUGACGAAACAACUGAGAUGCUUGCUGUGAAGGAGCACUUCAGUAGUGAAGAAUCGGGCCAGUGUCUAAUGAUUUUUGAUAAUGCUGAUGAUCCUGAUCUUUGGUGCAACAGAUCUGAGGGAUCCUCGCUUCGACAUUACGUACCUCGCAGCAGCAACAACUGUGCCGUCUUGACCACUCGGAAUGAACAGGUGGCGAUCGACUUUGCUCGCAAUAACACUAUUGAAGUCACACAAAUGAACGAGGAAACUGCAACAAAGAUGUUGCGAAAAGUUCUCAAUCAGGAUCAUUUCCUCGAUGAUCAUGAGAGCGCCUCUCGUUUACUAGAACAAUUAUGCUUUCUUCCUUUAGCGAUCGCUCAAGCAGCAGCAUAUAUUAACAUGAAUCAUCAUUCAGUGGAUAUAUCCCAAUACCUUUCCAUCCUAGAAAUGACUGGAGAAGAUCAAGUCGAAUUACUGAGCAGGGACUUUAAUGAUGAUGCAAGAUAUGCUCAUCAAAAGAACCCGAUUGUUACUACAUGGUUGGUUUCCUUUGAGCAAAUCCGCGAACAAAAGCCACUAGCAGCCGACUAUCUAGCUCAUAUGUGCUUCUUUGAGCCAAAGAAUAUACCUCUUUCACUUCUCCCCCCUGCACCAACAAAAAUGAAGCAUCUCGAAGCUAUCGCAUGUCUUCACAACUACUCUUUCAUCAGUAAGCGCACAAACGAGAUCAUUGAUAUGCAUCGACUCGUCCACUUAACCAUGCGGAAUUGGCUGAAUAAGAAUAAGAGCUACGAUACACGUAUACAGCAGGUAGUUGGAGAACUGCUUCGUGUGCUUAUUUCUGUUGAUUAUGAGAACAGAGCGCAGUGGAGGAUUUAUCUUCCCCAUAUCGGCCAUGCGCUUCGUCUUCACCAAAAUCCAGAAGACAAAACAAAGUUAACUUUGCUCAACUAUUACGGCAUACGAUUGAGCGACGAUGGUCGGCACGCAGAGGCACAAGAAUGCUUGAGACAAGUGGUGAAGAUUAGAACGCGCAUACUAGGUGAAGAGAGUUAUUUGACUAUUAUCAGUAUAGCUAGUUUAGCAGGAAGUAUAUAUUGUGCAAGGCAAUUUAGCGAGGCAUACGAUCUAUCCCAAAAGGUCGUACAGAUAUCAUCGAAAGUUCUCGGCACGACAGCAAUGGAAACGUUAGAGGCGUUGGAGUUGCAAGCAGCUGCCUGCGCCGCACAGACACACUGGAACCGGACUAAGCAGCAUUUCUCAAGUAUCAUAAUAAUAAAAGAGCAAACCCUUGGCCCAGGGCAUUCAGACACGUUGGAGAGUAAGAGAAGACUAUCAAGAGUACUCCAGAACCAACAGGAAUGGGAUGAGGCUGAGAGGGUACUACUGGAAAUACUUGAGGUACAAAAAGGAAUCUCAGGUGAAAGAGAAAACUCCGCUGUGGACGAUAAAGAAGCACUUGCAGGUAUUUAUUGGCAUCAAGAGAAGGUGGAAGAGGCAGAAAAACUACAGAAGGAAGUAGUUGAGACAAGAUCGAGAACGAUGGGCAUGGAUAAUAACACACUGGCGAGUAUGGCGCAUCUAGCCUCACAACUCCGGAAGCAGGGACGAGUACAAGAGGCAGAUGAAUGGCAGAAAGCGAUAGCACAGGCGGAUCAGAUUUUACCGCAUCAAGGAAGCUUAAACGACAGAGAAAGGCUAGAGUCAAUGAUAACACUGGCAGGAAAGUUCUGCAGGCAAAAUCGAUGGAAAGAGGCCGAAGAAGAGUACAAGUGUGUGGUUCAGGAAUCCUCAAGGAUGUAUGGCGAGGAAGACCAUGAAACAUUGUAUUUCAAAGCUGCACUUGGAUGGUCAAUCUUCUACCAAGGUCAAUUGGAAAGAGCGGAAGAGUAUUUUAUGGACCUCAUGCAAACGGCAACGGCUGUGCUCGGCAAAGAGCACGUCGUCACUUUGAGUUCGAAGAUGCGCUUGGCCUUCGUUUACUUUGACCAGCUACGAUUUGAAACAGCAAGUUCGCUGCUCUUAGAAAUGCGAAAAGAUAGUAUGGAGGAUGACCCUUUCACACUUAUUGCAAUGCGAUUACUGGUGAGGAGUUUCACGGCUCAAGGAAAAAUUGACGAGGCAGUUCGAAUUCAAGAGGAACUGGUGGAGAAAUACAGGAAAUCUAUGGGUUAUGACCAUCCUAGCACACUAUCAGAAAUGCGCAUGUUGGCAGGAAAGUAUCAUGAAACUGGGCGAUCUGAAGACGCAUACAAAGUCGAGGAAAACUAUGGGCGAUCAUCAUCCGAAUACACUGUCUCUCACAGGCUCUAUAGCUACGCAAUGGCACGAUCACGGGUUUUGCGAAAAAGAAAAGGCACUCCGUAUACAACAAACGGAGAGGAACAUCCAGAUACUCUCUCCACAAUGAAGUCUCUGGCAGAGUUCUAUCAUGAACAUGAAGAAUAUGAAGAAGCAGAAGCUCACCACUUGUUGGUUGUGGAAGUCACAAGAAACCUCAAAGGCGAUCAGCAUCGCGACACAGUGUCCAGCAAGGCUCUUCUUGCCCACACGUACGGAUGCCUACAGCAACAGGAGAAGGAAGAGUCAUUACUAAUACAGUUGGUAGAAGACAGUCGAAAACAUUUCGGCCCCGGGGAUCCAGAUACACUAUCUAGAGUCACAGAGCUGUCAAGGGUGAUCUAUAACCAGAAGCGGUUCAAGGAGGCAGAAGAUUCGUGUGUACAGGCAAUAGAAGAAAGCAAAAACGCCAUCAACCCAGAAAAUCAGGUAAAACUUUCGCUCAUGAAUCAACUGGGGUGGAUGUACCAGGAACAGGGACACUUUGAAAAAGCAGAGAAGCUAUUCGGGACGAUAGUACCUUCAGAUAAAGAAGCUCUAAACCUCAAUAAUCUACAAACUUGGGAGAGCAUGUUCAAUCUGGGAAUUACGUUCCAUGACCAAGGGAAGUUAAAAGAAGCAGAGGAGCAAUUUACGCCCCUCUUGCAGAAGAUAAUUGAAGGAGGCGCUGGCGCUGGCGCAAACCAUGAAAUCGUACAGUAUUUGGUCACUUUUCUUAUUAACAUACAACGCAAACAAGGGCGAUAUGAGGAAGCAUCAGAGUUGGCUUCUAAAUAUAAUUACAAAGAAGUGGGUGCGAAUUCAAGUGAUGGAUCAACAGCAGAUGACGAGAUAACACAGAAAAAGAGUCAUGAACAUACCGAGGAGAAGCUUUCUCUUAAAGGAAAAGAAAAGCUAGCAGAUAUUUAG